UCUUCUUAGUAAGGAAAGCAUCCAUUUGGUUACCAAAAACGUGAUAUUUCCAAGAAUAUCAUCACACAUCUACUUGAGUAUAUACGAUUCUUACUGCCUUAACUCCGGAUUCAUAGUCAAAUUAUUUUGUUGAAAACUAGACACUGCAACUUUCGGUUUCAGAAUACAGUUGUCAGUACAAAUAAAAUCUUGGCUGAGUAACAAGACUCUGCCAUCAUAUGACUAAGAACCUUUCGAAUUUGACGUAAUACAGCAAAAGUAUGAGGAGAUCGGUGUAUGCAUUAAGAACAAGCAUUAACCAUGCUUCAGUGAAUAGAAUGUUAUCGAAAGAUGCGGUUGAGGCAGUGAAACCCAAACGAAGGAUAUUCAGGAAGAUGAUUGUGGGCGUGACAGGGUUGUCUGCUGUAGCUGCGGGCGUCACUUAUGCUACCAUGGAUAGCGCUGCUCGGAGAAGAGCGUACGUCACUGCUGAAGGAUUUCUGAGAUUUUUCAGAACAUUUUACAUUGGAACCAGAAUCUCGUUGGAUUAUAAAUGGAGUUUAUGGAGACUAGAAGAUGGUAGCCAAGAAUAUAAAGAAGCCUUUAGAGCUUGUAACAGAAGAACGGGAGAUCUAUUAUUGAAGGGUUGUUUGAAGAACGGUGGUCUCUACAUCAAGCUGGGUCAGUACAUGGUGACUGCUAAUUACAUCCUACCUAAGGAAAUACUUCAGAAGCUGGCAACACUUCAGGAUAAAGCUCUCACAAGGGAAUAUAAGGAGCUUGAUAGAUUGUUCAAGGAAGAGUUUGGGAAGACCCCUGAUGAGCUGUAUGCAGAGUUUGAUCCAGAGCCUAUAGCAGCGGCCAGCCUAGCCCAGGUACAUAGAGCUAAGACUCAUGAAGGAGAUGAUGUAGCUGUCAAGGUACAGUACAUUAACCUGAGGGAUCAGUAUCCUGGUGACCUUCGAACCCUAGAGAUUAUUCUGGAUAUAAUCCACUGGAUGCACCCAAAGUCUUUGAAUUUCAAGGAUAUAUUAAUGGAUCUAGAAGAGCCUUUGGCCAAGGAACUGGAUUUUGAAAAUGAAGGCAGGAAUUCGGAACUCUGUUCUAAGCAGCUGAAACACCUUGACUAUGUCUAUGUACCAAAGGUCUACUGGAAUCUUACUAAUAAGAGGAUCUUAACAAUGGAAUUUGUGAACGGACAUAAAGUCUCAGAAAAAGAGAAAUUACAAGAAGAUGGUUUCAGUCUUGCAGAGGUUGAUGAAAAGCUAAUCAAGGUAUUUGGAGAGCAGAUUUUCCAUACUGGAUUCGUCCAUGCAGAUCCCCAUCCAGGAAAUGUACUUGUCCGCAAGAAUAAGAAAGGAAAGGCUGAACUGGUAGUCCUGGACCACGGCUUAUAUGAAGAAGUUACACCUAAGAUCCGUAUUGCCUUCGGCCAGUAUUGGAGAGCCAUCAUUUUGAAGAAUGAACAAGCCAUGAUUCAACAUGCUAAUGAGUUAGGCAUUGAAGAAUACCUGUUAUUUGCCAUGAUGCUGAUUCAACGACCCCUCAACAUGAAAGCCAAGCGAGGUAGUCACCUGACCUUCAAUCUGUCCAAUGAGGAGCUCCGUAAGCUUCAGCGUGAGAUCAGGAAUGAGAUGCACAAUCUUGAAGAUAAGAUGGAAGAGUUUCAGGAGAGAAUGAAUGAAUUCAUGGAAAGCUUCCCUAAUUGUCUCUAUCUCAUAUUUAGGAAUAUGAACACAGUGAGAUACAUUGACAGAGCUUUGGGCACUCCUGUGGACUAUCUACUCACUAUGGGAAGAUGUGCUGCAGGCGGCUCUGUAUUCCUACCUCAGGACAGAUCUUUAAAGGGUCGUCUACAUGCUUUCUGGCAGCGUUUUGUCUAUGACUUCACUCUCAGGUCGGAUCAACUAAUCCAUAGGGUUAGCAUGGCUUUCUUCUCCCUCAUGGUCAGAUUAGGAUGGGUGUCUUUCAAACCCCCUGGUAAAAGUACAAAUGCUGGUGAUAUCUUUGGCAGUCUGAUGCCACCUAGGGCCAAACCAUCGACUUCAUAAUAAAUCAACACCAAUCUGACCGACUGUUCAACUCAACUGGCAUUUGCUCAAGGAUGUUGGCUACCUUCCUGUGAAUGUGUUUGAUUAAGGUUGGACAGAUAAAAAGUGAAGUCUUCCAGAGUUGACAUUCCAUUAAGCCUUGCUCGCACCUUUGCAUUUUGGGCUUGCAUUCAGCUGUGCAUUGCCUGAACACAAACAAAUGCAAACGCAAUAAAACGAACAAAUAUGAGGUCAAUACGCAUUCUUACGCAGCGGCCUUGCAUUCUAGCUUGGUAGUUUGAAAUUUUUCGAAGAGCCACUACCAUACGCAGCCAAAACUUAUUUUAGCAAAUAUAUGAGUGGCAACGAGCAAAUGCAAUCAAGGAUGCACAAGAAUGAACUACAGAAAGCGGCUCACGUAGACAUUAAUGCAAUGUUAGUGUUCGAUUUACUUGAAAUAUCCUUGCUUUUACUCUGUGUGCAACUUUGCAUGAGAUCCGACAAGUUCAUAAGCAAAAGUGUGAUUGCAACCAAAUAUUUUGCUGGGAAUAUGCUGCGUUAGGUUGCAUAUUGCUUUUUCAGGCUAACGCAGCGAUAUGCAGCUUCAAGCACAGAGGUGUGAGUCAGACUUCAGUCGAAUGAGCGACCAUUAGAGUUUUUCAUACAAAUUUCUCUAUUCCCAACAGGUUGGGAUUCACCAGGGGCUUGAUGCGUAAAACUUAUUAUAAACCUCCCUUGAAGAUGCCAAAGAACCCUUUUCUUUGAUUUGUCAAAUGUGGGGUCAU